UGAAUUAAAAAAAUGGAAAUAAUCAGAAUUUCAAGUUCAAAUGUAGAUUUAUGAGCAAUCGAGAGAAUCGACUAGAACAUUAGAACUAGUAUUUAAUUAACUGUGUAAUAGUACAAUGCGAAUUAAUGUUCGCAACGUAUAGUUUUUCCAAUAAGAUGAACCUAGCAUGUAAGGUAAUAGACAAUAUUGGAAAAUUACAGAAUACAAAACGCGCAUUUUUCAUUUGCUAUCGAAAAUUGAGCACAAUAGAACGUAGUACUAAAGCAGUGAAUGAGGCUGAAAAAGUUAUUGGUUAUUCAACAUCUUUUUUAAGUUUACGAUGGUUGUUGAACGAUGAGGUAGCUAAUAUUGCGUUUAAUCUAAAGAAACUGAUUGGAACUAAACAUCCUCUAAUCAAUACUGCCAGAGAGCUAAUAAUAAAUAAAGAAUCCCCUUCGUGGGGUCUUCUAGUCUUAUUAAUAUCGAAAGCAGCGGGUUUGAACAAGAAAUUUUCACCUGUCGAGUGUGAUAUUAAUGCAGGGGUAUUAAAUAGCCAAAGGGUUUUGGCCGAAGUAACUGAAAUGGUUCGCACAAGUAACAUUAUUCACAAAAGUAUUUUGAACAUUUCUAAGAACGACGAAUUUUACGAUGAUCUCCAUUUCGGGAAUAAAUUAUCAUUGCUCACGGGAGAUUACCUAUUAAGCACAAGUUUUCGGGAGUUAGCAGGAUUGAAUUGUUAUAGAGUAAACGAAUUGGUAUCGACAUGUCUUAGAGACUUGAGCGAAGCAGAUUUUAUUGAACCGAGAAACAGACAAAAUCAGCCCUAUCCUGCUGAGCCUGUACCUCAAAAAGAAGACGUUCCAGUUCCACAUCAUUUCGAUAAAGAUGUGCUGGUAGUUUCUGAAGUAUUAGGGAAUGCUAAGGCCGAAUGGACGUUAAGACACCUCUUGGGAGGGGCUAGUUUGCUGGGAAAAUGUUGUCAAGCAACGCUGGUAUUGGCAGAACAGCCGAGACAUCUUGAAGAAGCUUCCUACAUAUUUGGCAGAAAUACAGCUUUAGCGUUACAAGUGAGAAAAGACAUAACCUAUUUUAGAUCUGGCGAAAUUGGGCCCUUCAGUCUAAUAAGUGCACCUUUGAUGUUUCACAUCCAAGAUGAUGUGGAAUUUUACAAAACUCUUGUGGAAUCCAUAACUAAUGAUGAUAUACAAUACGGAAAGAUUAGAAGCAUCGUUUUAAGUGGUAAUGGUAUCGAAAAGUCUCUAGAAUUAAAGAACGAAUUUGUCAAUAACAGUUUAGAAGCAUUGAAGAGUUUUCCAGAAAGUGAAGCCAAAAAUGCCUUGAUUAAUAUACUUGAAACUGUAUGAAAUUUGCCGUUUAGUUGUAAAUAUAAUUUUCUAGUCAUUUUUGUUUAAUCAC